AAACGGUCACAAAAAAAGACUACCGACAAAAAAAAAAAAAGACAACUCAUUUUUUUUCAUUGCAGUGUUCAUCUUUUCUCACAUUCUUGUCUUCUUUCUUCCCAAUCUCUCUGACGAGCUUCGAUUCCGUGUUCUCUGGUGAUCACCGACCGGAUCUGCUCCAAGAAACAAUCUCAUCUACAUUGUCUCUCUUCCCAAACUCAAAAGUUUCACCUUUUGCCAUUGCAGAGCUUCCUUCUAACUUGGAGAGUUAGCUUCCAAGUCUAUAAUCAAAACUAAGAUCUGGGUUUUAUCUUGUAGCUCAUAGAGUGUUUGUCUAUUCAUAAAACUCAGAUUAGUCUUCUAGACUUAAAAAGCGUUAGAAUCAGUUUGAUGAAUAGGAUUUAGAAAUGUGUAAAGCAGAGAAGUCUUUAUACCAAAGGAAGCUCUGGGAGAUGAAGGUUAAAUUUCUAGGAGAUAGCAAGAUUGAAAAAUUCAAAAACUCCUUGGUUGCCAAGUCUCGUAUGAGCUUAUGGAUGAUUCGUGCUAUCACCAUAUUGUUGCUGUGGAGUUGUUUUGUUCAUUUGGUUGCUUUGGGUGAGAUGUGGGGUCCAAGAUUGUUGAAAGGUUGGCCUUCUUGUUUCAAUCACCAUGAUCACUUCCCAGUGGCUACACAAGAAAUGGCUUCUCUUCCCAUGAAAAUCGCCUUCCCUCCUAAAAGGAUAUAUCAGAACAAUGGAUAUCUUAUGGUUUCUUGCAAUGGAGGACUCAACCAAAUGCGAGCAGCGAUAUGUGAUAUGGUUACUAUUGCAAGAUACAUGAAUGUCACACUUAUUGUACCAGAGCUUGACAAGACCUCUUUUUGGAAUGAUCCUAGUGAGUUCAAAGACAUAUUCGAUGUGGAUCACUUCAUAACUUCUUUGAGAGAUGAGGUUCGUAUACUCAAAGAGCUUCCUCCAAGGCUUAAGAGAAGGGUAGAGCUCGGUGUAUACCACACCAUGCCUCCUAUUAGCUGGUCCAACAUGUCCUACUACCAAGACCAGAUUCUUCCCUUGGUGAAGAAGCAUAAGGUCUUACAUCUGAACAAGACAGAUACUAGACUUGCUAAUAACGAGCUGCCUCUCGAGGUUCAGAAGCUGAGAUGCCGAGCAAACUUCAACGGACUUAGGUUCACUCCAAAGAUUGAGGAACUAGGUAGAAGAGUAGUCAAGAUUCUGAGAGAGAAAGGUCCUUUUCUGGUUCUCCAUCUCAGAUACGAAAUGGAUAUGUUGGCAUUCUCUGGUUGCUCUCAUGGUUGCAACCGCUACGAAGAGGAAGAGCUCACAAGAAUGAGAUAUGCUUAUCCAUGGUGGAAGGAGAAAGUAAUAAACUCUGAGAUGAAGAGGAAAGAAGGUCUCUGCCCAUUGACACCAGAAGAAACAGCUCUGACACUAUCUGCUUUAGGCAUUGACCGUAAUGUUCAGAUCUACAUAGCUGCUGGAGAGAUAUACGGUGGUAAAAGGAGGUUAAAGGCCUUAACAGACGUUUUUCCGAAUGUGGUGAGGAAAGAAACUCUGUUAGAUUCCUCUGAUUUGAGUUUCUGUCAGAACCAUUCUUCUCAAAUGGCUGCUCUUGAUUACCUCAUCUCUCUCGAAAGUGAUAUAUUCGUUCCUACUUAUUAUGGGAACAUGGCUAAAGUCGUUGAAGGUCAUCGCAGGUUCUUGGGGUUCAAGAAGACAAUUGAGCUAAACAGGAAGUUUUUAGUUAAUCUAAUAGAUGAAUACUACCAAGGACUAUUGAGCUGGGAAGUGUUUUCAACCACGGUGAAGUCCUUUCACGCUACAAGAAUGGGAGGUCCAAAGAAGCGGCUUGUGAUUCCUAAUAAACCUAAAGAAGAAGACUACUUCUAUGCUAAUCCAUAUGAAUGUCUUCAGCUGUUACAUGAGAAUAAUGGUGAUUCACUAGAAGGAACCAUAUGAUAUGUCCCACCAUUGUCGUCUUUGUGGAUGGAGAUUAAUGGUGAAUCCAUAUGUGGAUGCAAGACAUGGAUGGAUGAAUAAUGGAGUUAUUAUCUACGGAGAGUGUAUAUCAAUCUCAGUUAGGGUUCUUUGGUGUAUAUGGACUUGAGAAGAGCUUCCGUGGAUGAGAAGGUAGGUUUGAGCUUUCAUUGUAAAGUUUGAAAAUCUAUCCUUUGGCAUCAUCAUCAUCCUUGGGCUUGCAGUUUUGGACUUUUGGUAGCUGGAGAAUAAAAUUUUACAUGCUGUGUAUUAUAAUUAUUAUAAUAAAUUUUACACAUUAUUAUAAUUAUUUGAGAAUAAAAUUUUACAUGCUGUGU